AGCUAGCCUUCAAUAACAAUAACAUACCCUCUUAGCCUAUAAAAAAUGGAAUAUUCCGGUGAAAGAAGUGUCAGCGCCACCUCACCAAUGGCCAUUUCCACUACUACUGCAGGAAUGAAUUCAAGUAGUAAUAAUAAUAAUAUCUCACACAAUAACACAACUUCAAAUAACUCAUCAUUAUUAUCAUCAUCUCAACUUAGUCCAACUAGUGUUUUGACUCAUCCUCCGUCCCCGCCGCCACCUCAUCAUCAUCCGAUAAUUCUCAGCCCUUGCGCGGCUUGCAAGAUUCUUAGGAGGAGGUGUGUCGAGAAAUGUGUCUUGGCACCUUACUUCCCUCCCACCGAACCGCUUAAGUUCACCAUCGCCCAUCGUGUGUUUGGAGCUAGCAACAUCAUUAAAAUGUUGCAGGAACUUCCAGAGUCCCAAAGAGCGGAUGCCGUUAGCAGCAUGGUGUAUGAAGCGAAUUCAAGGCUUAGAGAUCCGGUUUAUGGUUGUGCGGGCGCAAUUUGUCAACUCCAAAAGCAAGUGAGUGAGCUCCAAGCUGAAUUGGCCAAGGCCAAAGCAGAGGUGCUCCAACAAUCUACCUUGCUAUCUAUGAUUUGUACUAUUGAGAUGAACAACAAUCAACAAUUUGUCUCACCUCCAACGCCUCAUCAUCAAUUACAAACACCCGCUAGUUAUGAAAACUUAAACUUCUUCCCCGACGACGUUAGUUUAAGCAGCGUAUUUGAGCCCCUUUGGACAUGAAGCAGCUAAUUCACGAGCUAGGUUGACCGUCGUCUUCAAGUGUUGAUCAUUAAUCAAGUUUGAUACAUGAAAUUAAAGGAAAAGAGAGGAAAUGGAAAAUUUGUUAACGGAAUUCAAGUGUAAUGUAGUUGUGAGUUCGAUUUAUUAUACAUCAAUUUACUGAUCCUAUAAAGAGAUAAUUAAAGAAUAAUAAUAAAAAGUUACUAUAAAUAUAUAGAUUAAUGGAUAG